UGAGAGGAGCACGCGGGAGGGAAGAGUAUCACGCACCUCUAUUCCCGCCUGGAUUCCGUGACACCUGUUAGUGAAGGAUAGCCGAUGCCUACUGAAGGGCAAGCCCGUUUUUUCGAUGCCUUCGCCAUCGCCUUGAGCCAAGCAUGCGAAGGAGGGGAGAAGCGUUGGUACACAUCGACCAUUGAGCUGCAGCUGGGUUCGUUGGACAUCUGCAGGGCGUGCCGAAGUACCCCCGACCUUGCGAGUCCGUGUAACUGGUGGGACUUCUACAAGCUUAUGGUCUCUUCCUAGUGUGCAGGCACUGCCGAACACGCAAAGCUCGAAGAUUCGUGUCUCGAGCCGUGUGCCAGUCGUGCGUGCUCUUCGUUUGAUGUCGGCGCUUUCCAUGGGAACCCUGGUGCAGAGAGCCGCCAUCGAGCUGUGGGCGCGAUUUCCAUACUCCAAUGGAAAGCCUGUCGUUUCCAGUACUCCUUCAAAAUCUUUCGUUCGGAAAUGUUUCAACCAGCCUAUUGUGGGAGUCGUGUGGCCGGCGUCCAUGAAACAGCUAUCGCUCGGAGAUUGUUUCAACCAGCCUAUUGUGGGAGUCGUGUGUCCGGCGUCCAUGAAACAGCUAUCGUUCGGAGAUUGUUUCAAUCAGCGUAUUGCGGGAGUCGUGUGGCCGGCGUCCAUGAAACAGCUAUCGUUCGGAUAUAGUUUCGAUCAACCCAUUGCUCCAGUCGUGUGGCCGGCUUCCCUGCUACAGCUAUCUUCCGGAGGUGACAUCAAUCAACCCAUCGCUCAAGUCGUGUGACCGGCGCCCCUGCUACGGCUAUCGUUCGGAUAUGAGUUCAAUCAACCCAUUGCUGAAGUCGUGUGGCCGGCUUCGCUGCUACAGCUGUCGUUCGGAGCAAGAUUCAAUCAGCCCAUUGCUGAAGUCGCGUGGCCGGCAUCCCUGCAACAGCUAUCGUUCGGA